AAAUUUAUUCAUUUUUUUUGUAUAUCAAUUUAUCGAUUAUCGAUUUAUAUAUUUUUUAAUUAGAUUGCCAAAAUUUUCCUCCUCUUUUAAUUGUUCUUCCAAAAUUAUAACGACAAAAGAACAAAACCGAUUGAUAAAUCAUCAAUAAACAAACACAAACAAAAAAUGGAUAUGUAUUCGAAUUUUUAUCCACAACCAGCACCUAUUCAUCAUAUGAAUGCUGUACCGACACAUAUACAAGCUGGUUAUCCUGCUACAAAUGGUUACGGAGUUCCAACACGUGUACCGCCACCACCUAAUUCCAAUCAACGGCGUAUGGAUAAUCGACAAAAUUUUCAAUCUGAUCAAAAUUCAUCCAAAACACUAUGGAUGGGAAAUAUUGAUGUUUCAAUGGAUGAAAAUUUGAUUCAAGAAGCCUUCAAUUUGCUUGGCAUCAAUGUACACAAUAUCAAAAUUAUUCGAAACAAAGAUAAUGGAUUACCGCUUGGUUAUGGUUUUGUUUCAUUUGAUGAUCGUAGUACUGCCCAAGAAGUACUUCGAGAGCUGAACGGAAAGAAAAUGCCAAAUGUUGAAGAAGACAAACGAUUCUUUUUGAAACGAGCUAAUCGCAGUGGACGUUAUUCCGUAUUCGUUGGCAAUCUACCACCACAAAUUGAUAAUGAUGUAUUGUUGAACGCAUUCUUGGCUUUUUAUCCAUCUGUUUCAUCGGCGAAAGUUAUCAUGAAUGAUGGCAUUAGUAAAGGAUUUGGUUUUGUUUCAUUUGAUGAUGAAAAUGAAUAUUUUCAGGCAUUGAGCCAACAAUCAAUGAUGCUUGGUGCACAACCGAUUUCGGUUAGCAAAGCUAGACAUAACAAUAAUCAAGGUGGUGGUGGUGGUGGUAUAGGCGGUGGUGUUGGAAAUCGUAAUCGUUUUGCGCCACCACAACAACGAGAUCAAUCAUUCAUGUCAAGUAACAAUCGUAAUGAUUCACAAUUUCGUCAACAUUAUUGAUUAU